GGGCUCCUGACAGGACCUUUGCGUGACGUCGCAGGGCCUCAGUGUUGUGGACUUCAGGUCACUGUUGGAGGACGCAGAACCAUGGCUCUUAGGGUGACCCGCCUGCUGCUCCCAGCGGGGGGUUUCGCUCUCGGAGCGGGGCGCGCCGUCCAGAAGGUAAAGCUUCACGUGAGCGCCGGGAGGCGUCUGGAGUACGGCUGGUGGGCGUACGCCCUGGGGGAGAGAACCACCCCCCGACUGAAGCAGUACAGCAAGAUCAUCUCGGUGGAUGGAAACCUGGCCUCUGGAAAAGGAGCGCUGGCCCAGAAACUGGCCGACAAGCUGGGGAUGCUCUACAUGCCUGAAGCCGACACCUUCUACCUGGACAAGAUGUCGGGAGACAAGGAGCCUCUGCCAGUCGACUACAACGGGAUGUGCAGUCUGGAGAAGUUCUACACGGAUCCCAAGGCGGCGGACGGGAACAGCUACCGGCUGCAGCUGUGGAUGUACAGCAUGAGGAUGCUGCAGUACGCAGACGCCAUCGAACACCUGCUGAGCACAGGUCAGGGUGUCAUCCUGGAGCGCUCCCCGUUCAGCGACAUGGUCUUCCUGGACGCCAUGUUCAAGCAGGGCUACAUCAGAAAAGAGUGCGUCCAGCACUACAACGAGAUCAAGGGCAUCAGCAUCUGCGAGUUCCUGCCGCCGCACCUCGUCAUCUACGUGGACUCACCGGCCGAGGAGGUGCAGAAGAAGCUCCGGCAGAGCGGGAAGCCUUACCUGCAGAACGUUCCUCUGGAGUACCUGAAGAGCAUCGAGGAGUCCUACAAGAAGUCUUUCCUUCCUGAAAUCAAAGAAAAAGCUGAGCUGCUGACGUACGACGCCACGGAAGUUCAGGACGUAGACAAGGUGGUGGAGGACAUCGAGUAUCUGAAGUUUGAGAAGGGGCCGUGGUUGGAGCAGGACGACGUCACCUAUCAUCACAUGAGGAUGCUUGCGGAGGACAAAUACAGAGUGGCCACGCUGAUGCACAUACCCAAGUUCCUGCCGGAGAUCACCAUCGGGGCGCACGACUUUGAUGAGAAAUACUACGCCUACAGAGCACUUCCUGGGAAGAAAUACGCACCGGGCUACAACGAAGACGUUGGAGACAAACUCAUCUGGUUCAAGUGAACGGAUGGUUUAUCUGGUCGCUCUGUUGUACAUCCUAAAUGUUCUAUAUGUGUUUAAAGAAUAAAUGUUGAUUUCAAAGA